AUGGAUGGAUUUGGUUACGCGAACUUUUACAGCACCCCUACAAAGAACUGUCAUAGCAACCUUACAAAGAACUGUCACAGCAACCCUACAAGGAACUGUCAUAGCAACCCUACAAAGAACUAUCACAGCACCCCUACAAAGAACUAUCACAGCAUCCCUACAAAGAACUAUCACAGCAACCCUGCAAAGAGCUAUAACAUCAACCCUACAAAGAGCUGUCACAGCACCCCUACAAAGAACUGUCACAGCAAUCCUACAAAGAACUGUCGCAGUACCCCUACAAAGAACUGUCGCAGCACCCCUAUAAAGAACUGUCACAGCAACCCUACAAAAAACUGUCACAGCAACCCUAGAAAGAACUAUCACAGCAACCCUACAAAGAACUAUAACAGCAACCCUACAAAGAACUAUCACAGCAACCCUACAAAGAACUGUCACAGCACCUUACGACGUGAAUCAAGGGAAAGAUGA